UGAGUUUGCUACAAGAAUAGAUACAACUGGAGUAUGAUAACCUUCGUCCAAAAAUGAGUGUCAACUAUAAAUUUCAGAAUCAUCUUAUCGGUCUAGUUUUCAGCCGAAAAUUCCUUUUCUUUCUCCUCACUCAACUGGUAACAACACCCUGUAAAACUGAAGCAAUGACUGAUAAUAUCGAACAUCAAAAAGUGCUCAUAGUUGGUGCUGGAGUCUCAGGUUUCAGUGCAGCCUGCAAACUCUUGGAAAAUGACGUUACCAGUUUGAGGGUCUUAGAAGCAGGGGACAGAAUUGGGGGAAGAAUACAGAGCGUCCAAUUCGGAGAUACUUUCGUAGAUCUCGGCGCAGAGUAUGUUCAUGGAGAAGAAGGCAAUUUAGUAUUCCAAAUCGCGAAAGACUUCCUCAAUAAAACCACCGACAAUGAAUUUGGAUGGAAAAUGUACUAUUCUAACAGUGAGAAGGGAGUGGAUGAACUUCUGGUCCAAUGCUUUGAACAAAUUUACGAACUGGAGAAGAACCCAGGAGACCCAAAUAUAACCCUCAAAGAAGCAUUCAACAAAAGAUAUGAUACACACGUCCUACCAAAAUACAAGGGUAACAAGGAAAUGGAAAAGAUUGCAGAAGAAUUCAGGAAAACCGCAGAAUCUAUCCUAUUAUCAAUCGAGGGCUCUUUCGAUUGGGAAGAAUGUAGAACAAAAUUCCACAACUUCAGAUUGUGCCCCGGUAACGAGGUUCAACCCUGGUCUGGCAAAGGAUACAAGACCAUUUUCGAAGCUUUGAAGAAGAGGAUAGGAGUGGAAAAGGCUAAGCUCUUGGAUUCGAAGAUAAAUUUCAAGAAAACUGUGACCAAAAUCGUCAGGAAGAGAGACGCAGAUAAGAAAAUUUUCGUUGAGUGCCAAGAUGGUUCCAAGUAUACUGCUGAUCAUUUGAUAUUCACUGCAUCUCUAGGGGUAUUGCAGCAUGAUCACAAGAAGAUGUUCGAACCUGGAUUGGACGAAGGAAAGCUCAAAGCCAUGCAGGCUUUGGGAAUAGGGGGAAUCUUCAAAGUAGCUUUGGAAUUUCCCGAAAGAUGGUGGAGAGACGAUGGGGAGAUGUACGUAGUGUGGAGUGAGGAGGACGAGAAGAAACUUUUCAAGGAUGUUCCUUAUGGACCAUCAAUGGAGGGCCAGAGACAUUGGCUCAGUGGAUUCCACUGUGUAUCGAAUACAGCUAAAGAUACAGUUAUAGUUGCUUGGAUAGCCGGCCAUUAUGUUCCUGCAGUUGAACAAAUGGACGAGAAAGAAUUGAAAGCAGGGUUGAUGUACUGUUUCAAUAAAUUCAUCAAGGCCACUAAAAAAAUUCCUGAACCCAUUCGAAUGGUGCGAUCUCAAUGGGUAACCAACCCGCAGUUCAGAGGAUCAUUCUCAUAUGAAACACCAAAUAUGGAAAAAUUGCUUCCUUCAGCUCACAGUGAGUUCCUAGAACCAAUCAAGGAUGAAAGUGGUGUUCCUAGGAUUCUUUUUGCUGGAGAAGCCACCCAUCCAACAAGAUUCUCCACUGCUGAUGGUUCAUUAGCAUCAGGUUUCAUGCAAGCAGAUAAAUUGAUCAAAUAUAUCCAGUAAAUAAAUAUUUUCACACCUUGAA